GGGUUCGCGGAAAAUAGGACGCUGCGUGUGGAGAGGCCAAACUCCAACCAGCCCGGGGAGGCCGCUCCUCUGCAGGCUGACCCCGGACCAGGCGGUCGCGGUGCGGUUGUGACCUCCAGGGGUCAGGUGACUGCGGACCCGCUAUCCGCACGUUUGCACCCCGCGCUGACCGCCUGCCUCCCUCCUGGCUGGCCUGGCCAUUGUUGCCCCGGAGCACACGCAGUCCACGGACAGACCUGUCCCUGCUUCUGCCCCACAGCUUCCAAGUGCCAGAUGAUGGAGGAGCGCGCCAACCUGAUGCACAUGAUGAAGCUCAGCAUCAAGGUCUUGCUGCAGUCCGCUCUGAGCCUGGGUCGCAGCCUGGAUGCAGACCACGCCCCCCUGCAGCAGUUUUUCGUGGUGAUGGAGCACUGCCUCAAACACGGGCUGAAAGUUAAGAAGAGUUUUAUUGGCCAAAAUAAAUCUUUCUUUGGUCCUUUGGAGCUGGUGGAGAAACUUUGUCCAGAAGCAUCAGAUAUAGCCACUAGUGUCAGAAAUCUGCCAGAAUUAAAGACAGCUGUGGGAAGAGGCAGAGCUUGGCUUUAUCUCGCACUCAUGCAAAAGAAACUGGCAGAUUAUCUGAAAGUGCUGAUAGACAAUAAACAUCUCUUAAGUGAGUUUUAUGAGCCAGAGGCAUUAAUGAUGGAGGAAGAGGGGAUGGUGAUCGUCGGUCUGCUGGUGGGACUCAAUGUUCUUGAUGCCAAUCUCUGCUUAAAAGGAGAAGACUUGGAUUCUCAGGUUGGAGUGAUCGAUUUUUCCCUCUACCUUAAGGAUAUGCAGGAUCUUGAUGGUGGCAAAGAGCAUGAAAGAAUUACUGAUGUCCUUGAUCAGAAAAAUUACGUGGAAGAACUGAACCGGCACUUAAGCUGCACAGUUGGGGAUCUUCAAACCAAGAUAGAUGGCUUGGAAAAGACUAACUCAAAGCUUCAAGAAGAGCUUUCAGCUGCAACAGACCGGAUUUUUUCACUUCAAGAAGAACAGCAACAAUUAAGAGAACAAAAUGAAUUAAUUCGUGAAAGAAGUGAGAAGAGCGUAGAGAAUUCAUCCAGUGCUAAAAACAUGCUCAAUAAACACAGAAUGUUUAAGGAACUAGAAAAAGAACUGGAGUUACAAAUUGGGAUGAAAACGGAAAUGGAAAUUGCAAUGAAGUUACUAGAAAAGGACACCCAUGAGAAGCAGGACACGCUCGUCGCCCUCCGCCAGCAGCUGGAAGAAGUCAAAGCGAUCAAUUUGCAAAUGUUCCACAAAGUUCAGGAUACAGAGAGCAGUUUGCAGCAAAAGGAUGAAGCCAUCGCAUCUUUUGAAGAAAAAAUCAAUCAAGUCAUGUCCAGCAUGAAACAGAUGGAAGAAAGGUUGCAGCACUCCGAAAAGGCGCGGCAGGGCACGGAGGAGCGGAGNCGCCAGCUGCAGCGGGAGCUGGGCUGCAGGAGCGGGGAGCUGCAGGAGCAGCUCUCCCAGCUGCAGGGCCAGUGCUCAAGUCUUGAGAAAGAAUUGAAAUCAGAAAAAGAGCAAAGGCAGGCUCUUCAACGGGAGUUGCAGUGUGAGAAGGACACCUCGUCGCUCCUCCGGGCAGAGCUGCAGCAAGUGGACGGGCUGAAGAGGGAGCUGCGAGCGCUCCAGGACGAGAAGGCAGAGUUACAGAAGGUUUGUGACGAGCAGGAACAAGCCCUCCAGGAAAUGGGACUGCACCUCAGCCAGUCAAAGCUGAAGAUGGAAGACAUCAAGGAAGUCAAUAAAGCACUGAAGGGCCACACUUGGCUGAAAGAUGACGAAGCUACCCACUGUAAGCAGUGUGAGAAGGAGUUCUCCAUCUCCCGGAGAAAGCACCACUGCCGAAACUGCGGCCACAUCUUCUGCAACACGUGCUCCAGUAACGAGCUGGCCCUGCCCUCCUACCCCAAGCCCGUGCGCGUGUGUGACAGCUGCCACACCCUGCUCCUGCAGCGCUGCUCCUCCUCCACGGGCUCCUAAGGCCUCGGAACAGCGCCACCCUGCAGGGGUUCGCGGCUCGGAGCUGGCUUCCCAAGAGAAUCUAAGGAAAGAACGGUUCCUGGGUCGGCCGCCAGCACUUCCAGAGUUGGAUGGGAUGAACUCUGGAUUGAAGCUUCCUUCUCACUUGGCUGCAUCACCGGUUUAGGGUCCGAAGUAACUUCAUGGUUUUGCUACUGUCAUUUUCACUUUUUCAAGAACUAACCUAUUUUGCAGCAGUUGUACUAGUGUAGUGAGUAAUCCGUUCCUCUCCCCGCACUGCCCUGUGUGCCUUCCCUGCUUGAGUCAAGAAAUGGGCCCUUUCACACCCUUGUACGUCACUUCUCACUCUCGUGCAGGGAAUAAAGGAGCUGGUGUCAACCUGA